AUGUCCAUCAACGAACAGGCCCUCGGAAAGAUCGUUCACGAUCUCCAGACAAAGCUGCAGGAAGCCACCCGUAUGGUGGCCUCGGUCCAGGCACAGAUUCAGACAAGGGACAGGGAAAAGCGUCUUUCCGAACUCACCAAUAAGGAACUCUCCGCAUUGGCACCAGAUACCAUCACCUACAAGUCUGUCGGCAAGAUGUUUAUCCAGGAACCAUUGACGGAUCUGACAAAAGAACUGUCAGAACGGGCUUCGGAAAUGGAGAAGGAUAUGGCCGCAUUGGAUAAGAAGCGGGUCUAUUGGGAACGCAACAAGACAGAGGCCCAGGGCAACCUCCAGGAACUGAUCAGGCAGAUCCAACAAGCCCAGGGAGCAUAA